AUUCUUAGUCCAAAAAAAAUGUUAAAGUUGAAGUUGGUAAAAAUAUAAAAUACCAGGACUCUGCUGGAGGAUUCCUACCACAUUCCUUAUUGUCUCUGACUGAGAGUGAGAGGAAAACGGAAGUGCAUCGAAAUGGAUCAGUCGCGGGAGAAAUUACUCAAAUCACUCGGGCCACGUCGUCUCUUUGGGAUUCCAAAUGAAAUUGCCAUGGAGCAUGAGUAUCCCUCGGUGAUUUAUGAGGAGGAUCCAACGGAAAUUCCCGAGAUGUACAGUGAAGAUCAGGCAAUGCCAAAUUAUAUUUUUAAACCCCCAUCAACAAUCACGUGGGCAGAUCAGCAGGAGUCAUACAGUUCAUUGCCAGUGGAAGUGGAGCAGAUAAAUAGUGUCGAUGGAUGCUUUGAGAGAUUCGAUAGACGCUCCCAUCCGUGGGAAGCUGAGGAUGCCAAUGAUUUUAUCACAACACUCGAUGAGAGUCUCAUACUCGAUAUUCAAUCCCUCGAGCGUAUUGAUACGAAUGAAAUGCCAAAAGUUGCACCAGUAGCUGCUAAAAUGAAAAAUCAGAGACCCAAAUCUCUCUACGAAAUACCAACUGCUGGGGAUGCAGCAAAUCAAAUUAUGGUCACAUCAGGUGGACCGGUUGAGAAAUUUCCAAAAAUCAUGACUACCUCCUACUAUGGGGCCCUCAGCACUGGCAGCGACAGGAGAGCCAAGAGCAACAGCGAGGCAAGUUUGUUGCUCAUGAAGAGCCAAGAGGAGUUGCAUAUUGCACCACCUCUGGAUGCACGAAUGCUCUUCCCACAGACAUCCCUCUGGACAGUGUCCACGGAUGAGUUGAAGAGCUCCAAAUCGCAGCAGCAGUCACGAGAUGAUAUCCUUGCAUCACUCGAGAAUUCCUUUUGCGACUCAAAUUCAAUGUCAUCCUCCAUAAACUUCAAUGGUGGCCCCAGUAAGUGCCCCACAUCAUCCACAGCGGCCAUUGCCGACAUUGCCGAGUUGGAUUUACAAUCAAUUCGAAGAUUGCUAGAAAGUGAGACGACCAGCAGCGAUGGCGAUACGUGUCCAAGUUGUCAGAUGCCAUUUGACAAAGGCAAAAAGCGGAAAUUAAUUGAUACCUGUGGUCAUGAGCGCUGCUACUCGUGCAUGUUCAAAAAUGAACAGUGUCCCAGUUGUAGCUCUGCCCCGAAGUCGUUUCUCUCCACAAAGGCAUCUGGCAAUAAUGGUAAAUUAUCAGCUAAUGGUGGUUGCCAUAUUCAGGAAAGUGAUUUGCAAACAUCUCCAGGGUCAAGUGUUGCACAGAGGGGCAGUGAGCUGAUCAAGUCGAGAUUUAGUUCUGUCUCGCAAUUGCUUCAGAUUAAUCGAAAAGAUUCGAAGCAGGAUCAGAUGAGGCAUUUGAAUCAUCCAGCACUCAAGAGGGCAGAAGACUUAACAUCUCGCCUGUGUGCCACUCCUCCGCAGAAUCGCAGAAAGAUCUUCAACACGAAGAACCUCCGCAGUCCCUUUGGUAGCCAUCGACGGACUGCAUCGACAACGGCAACCAUUGAGAAUGUUGGCGAUAGAUCAGGUUCAUCGUCACUCUGCACAUCGACACACUCGGAUUCUGUGGUCACGAUGAGGCAUCGUAAGCAGACCUGCAAAAAUGUUGUUGAUAAAUCUCAUAGAUUGAGCUCUUCGGGCUCGGCAUCAUCCACCUAUGCUGGCCAUUUGUCCUCACUUGUCUCGGGUAUUGGGAAGAUAAGGUCGCUGUGGACCGCGCAGACCACAUCGGACAACGUUGGGCUCAAUCAAUUGGCAGACGACGAGGGUGAUGGAAUGAAGGAGAAUCCAUGCCAUGUUGCGGGAAAAAUGAAAGAUGAAGAACUUCAGACACGUCUGGGCUUCUUCCUGGACAAUCCCUGUCCACGCAGUAGUGUUGAUAGUGCCAUAAAACAACCCCUUCAGUCAUGUACAUCCCUUGUGUCGACAAAUACGAGCCCCGUGUCCACACUUACGGGCUCCUCCGAUGCCGAUAUGUCGCGAGCUCUUCAAGAUUCCGGAGUCUACAUCGCUGGAUCCAAUUCAAUUGGAUCCCUCAUGUCGAUGUCCAUCUCCGAGCAGAGCAAUAGUUCCCUCAGUCCUGUUACGAGACGACAUUCAGUUACAACUUCUCAAGCUGGUCAGGUGGAGGAUUUGACGAUAUUCAAGAAUCGUCGAGUUCCUCUGAGACGAUCAGCACGUUCGGGAGCCCUCAAGGGUCCCGUAGAUCCGAAGAUUCGUUUUGCACAGUACAGGCAGGCACAGCAGUUGACCCUUAAGCCACUAUUCUUCGAGGUUCCUGUCCAGGAGCAGGAGCCACUCUUUGUGGGACGUCAAUGGCUCAUGCGAGACAUAUCGAAUAUUCUCAAUCAAACAGACUCCCAGGGAAUCUUGCUGCAGGGUAGCCCUGGCACGGGGAAGACAGCUGUUCUGCUGCAACUUGUGGAGCACUCGUGCUUCGGACGACGCCGCAAUGGUGCCAAAGACAACGAGGGCAUCUACUGCCAAGCAAACGUGGUGAAUGAGCGCAUUAAGGCUCUCUCCUCGUACAUCGUGGCGUAUCAUUUUUGCCAAACCGAUAACAAUUUAACAUGCCUUGUGCCGGACUUUGUGCACUCACUGGCGGCGCAGCUGUGCCAAGCACCUCAAUUGUCCGCAUACCGUGAUUACCUGCUCGGGGAAUCGCACCUGCAGAACAUACUUAGCGUGAAAGAGUGCAUCGCUGAUCCCGAGAGAGCACUGAAGAUGGGCAUUCUCGAGCCACUCAUCACCCUGAGACGCUCAGGGAAUAUUACGGCAAAGAAUUGUGUUAUCCUCAUUGAUGCUCUUUGUGAAGCUGAAUACCACCGACCUGACCAUGGGGAUACUCUUGCGUCCUUUCUCGCAAAAAUGGUUGCACAUUUCCCGCCAUGGCUGAAAGUUGUUGCCACGGUACGGACGCAAAUGAUGGAAUUUGUCAAGAUGCUCCCACUCACACGCCUUUCCCUGGAUAUUACCAACGAAGCUACACAGAAGGAUAUCUACGAGUACUGCAUGUUCCGCCUCAAGACGAGCUCUUCCAUUGUGAACAACAUCCAUCCAAGUGGCAAGGAAGGGAACAUGUCGAAUCAGAGUAAAUUCAUUCAGUAUCUCAUCUCAUUGGCCAAGGGAUCAUUUCUCUUUGCCAAACUCACCCUCGAUCUCAUUGAAUGCGGACAUCUCGUUAUAAAAUCUUCCAGCUACAAAGUACUUCCGGUUUCCCUGGCACAGAUCUUCCUGCUUCGUUUCAAUCUAAAAUUCCCCACAGUGGCAAAGUAUGAGAAAGUCUCCAAUAUUCUCAACAUUUGCCUCGCCACCCUGUACCCUCUAACUCAAGUUGAGAUCUUCUACUCCAUCAAUGCACUUCAGGCAAAUAGCCCACUGACGUGGCAGGAAUUUGUGGAGAGUUUCAAUGAACUUUCGGACCUUCUUGUGAAGCGUCUCGACAACACCUACAUGUUCUUCCAUCCAGCUCUACGGGAAUGGCUCAUACGACGAGAUCCCAGUGAGAGUGUCAAAUUCCUUUGCGAUUUCCGCUUAGGUCAUGCUGCCAUAGCCUUCCGUCUGUCGCGACUGCAUGCUCCCCUCGAUGGGGAAUUGGCUCUGGAGUUGGGACAUCACAUCCUCAAGGCUCACAUCUACCGCAAUAGCAAUCACACACUCCUCCCGCGUGAUCUACAAGCUUACUGGAUAGCUUCCGUAACUGAUUGCAUUUCUUCCUCCCUCUGUACCCUUCGCAAUGUCUACAGCCCGAAUAUUAAGGUUUCCCGCUUGCUUCUGCUGGCUGGGGCAUCGCCAGACUUUGUGACGGACUUUGUGGGAAGUGCCCCGAUACUGUGUAUUGCUGCUUCUGAGGGAAUUGUCUCAAUGGUGAACCUUCUGCUGGAGUUUGGAGCUGAUGUGGAGAAGUGCAAUAGCCAGGGGAAUACCCCAUUGAUUCUGGCUGCUGCCAAGGGGCAUUGUGACGUUGUUCGCCAACUUGUGGCAGCUGGAAGUGCCCUGGGACACACAGACACCUCUGGACGGUGUGCUCUUGUCCAUGCUGCAAGAUCCGGGAAGUUGAAUGUUGUGAAGUAUUUGCUGGCUUGUGAUUGGAUUCCUCGUGAAGGUUCAGGAGAUAUGAGUCUAACACAGGCAGCACAGCAAGCUCUCGUGGCAGCAUCAGCUCAGGGUUCCACGGAGAUUGUGGAAGAAUUGCUGGAUUCCGCUGAUGUUAGCAUAGAUGGGGAGGAUAGCAUUACGGGAGAAACUGCCUUGACGGGGGCAGCAAAGUGCGGCUGUGUGGAUACAGUGACAGCCCUACUAGCUCGUGGAGCUUCCUGCGAGGCGUACAACAGGAAGAAUUUAUCUGCACUACUGGUGGCUGCCAAAGAUAACCAUCGAGGUGUAAUUGAGCGUCUCAUGCAGUACCAGGUUGAUCUGGAAAUGGCUGACAAUGAUGGGAAGACAGCUAUAAUUGUUGCCGCCCAGGAAGCCAAUGUGGAUGUUAUUGAAGUUCUCGUGGAACGAGGGGUGAAUUUGGAGAAGGCAGACAAUGAGGGUCUCACAGCACUCAGCUGGUCAUGCUUGCGUGGGCAUCUGCAGACGGCGACGUAUCUGAUUGAGAAGUUUGCAAAUGUCCAUCAUACGGACAAAACGGGCAGAACACCUCUCGAUUUGGCGGCUUAUCAGGGAUCAGGGGCACUUGUGCAGAUGCUCCUGGAUCGUGGAUCUCAAAUUGAGCAUGUGGACAUUAAUGGAAUGAGGCCACUCGAUAGGGCAAUUGCGUGUCGCAAUGUGCAGAUUGUGCAGGUUUUCCUCAAGAGGGGUGCCAAGUUGGGACCCACAACCUGGGCCAUGGCCUCCGGGAAGCCAGAGAUAAUGCUUCUACUGCUGAAUAAACUGCUGGAAGACGGAAAUACGCUGUACAGGAAGAAUCGCCUCCAGGAAGCCUCACACAGGUAUCAGUAUGCCCUGAAGAAGUUCCCAACGGAUAAUUCCGAGCACAGUGCCACAUUUAGUCAGCUAAAGGUCAACUUUCUGCUAAAUCACUCGCGAUGCAACAGAAAAAUGAAUAAUAUUGCAGAGGCGAUUGAUUUAGCAACGCAGGCAAUUGAAAUGAAUCCCGAAAGCUACGAGGGGUUCCAUUUGAGAGCAAAAGCCCUCCUUGAGUGUGGACAGAUUGAAAAGGCAUUCUCGGACUCAAAGUCAGCCCUACAGCGCGGACAAACGGCCACGAUGGAUAUAAAAAAUGUCCUAAUUCGCUUUCACGAUGAAGUUCUCAAGCGAAAGGCCUACAUGCUAACCCACGAGACCGAUUCAUCCACAGAUUACAGCACUGAUGGCGUAGAGAAUGACAAAGACGAGCUCAUCGUUGAUGCGUUUAAUGCAGUACCAGAGACCCACGGGGAAUGUGCAAACGAGAAUGUGGAGAUCAAAGAAGAAGGAGAACCACGUGGUGGGUUGAUGCUCCGACACAGAUGCAAUGAUUGGGAUGUGAAUUUUAGCAUAGCCAGUGUCCCAGAGGGAGUAGAAGCGACCACUCCAUGGUGCUACAACACCGGAUAUCGUGAGAAUGACAACAGCAAGGAAUACAAGAACUGUCUGCAUAUGACGGAGCAGGGCGACAGCAAUGAGGAGGACAAACACCCCAGAAGCAGCCAUAUGCUCACUAGUACGAAUGGGCUGGAAUCCCACAAAGGGAAUCUGCAUGGAGAGCAGAAGGCCGAGGAUGUAGAAGACGGUGUAGCUUGUGAAGAGGCGUGCCAUGGAAAAGGUGUAAAAAGGCGAGGAAGUCACGGCGCAAAUUCCAGUAUGGAAAAUUCAUCAUCAGAUUGCGAAGAUAUUGGGAGUGAGCUUCGUGGAAAAAUCAAUGGGUCCGCAAGCCACGUGAGUGUGGCGUCGAGUCUGCGUUCUGUGAGUCUCAGCAAGAUGGGACUCUCGACACCGCCAAAAAUUUCGGAGAAAUCAUCCCUCAGGCGAAACAGGAGCUACGGCAACAUGUUGGCAUCAGGAAAUACCGAAGCGAAAGUCCUUGUGAUCUAUACCGGCGGAACAAUUGGAAUGAUGAGAAAUGAGAAGCAUGCACUUGAACCCAUUCGGAAUGCACUUGUGAAGAAUAUCCGGCGCUUCCCGCACAUGCAUGAUGUGGAUUAUGCACAGGAGAGAUUUGGAAGUGGCUCCACGAUGGGUCCUCUGGUGCUGCCCUUUGUGGAGAAUCAGCAGAGAAGAGUAAUUUAUACGGUCACAGAGUAUGAUCCGCUCUUGGAUUCCAGCAACAUGACCAUCAAUGAUUGGGUGCGAAUUGCUGAAGAUAUUCGGCAAUCUUAUGAAUUCUUCGAUGGAUUCGUAAUUCUCCAUGGGACGGACACCCUUUCCUACACAGCAUCAGCUCUUUCUUUUAUGCUCGAGAAUCUGGGAAAGACAGUGAUCAUUACUGGAUCACAGAUUCCAAUCUUUGAGACACGCACAGAUGGAAAGGAUAAUUUCACAUCAGCCCUCAUAAUUGCUGGCAACUAUGUGAUCCCCGAAGUGACGGUAUUUUUCGGUUCUAAAUUAUAUCGUGGCAAUAGAACCAUUAAGAUCAGUUCAGCUUCUUUGGAUGCUUUUGACUCACCAAAUGUUCCGUGUUUGGCUAAAAUUGGUAUUAAUGUGGACGUUGACUACAGGCUAAUCUUUCGUCCCUACACAGUAAAUCGAUUCUGUGUUCACAGCAUAUUGGAUGAGAAUGUGGGCAUCCUCAGAAUUUUUCCCAGUAUCACAACAGCCACCAUAAAAGCUUUCCUGCAACCUCCAAUGCGCGGGGUUGUUCUUCAGACAUUUGGUUCAGGAAAUAUUCCAUCGAAUCGACAGGAUAUGCUUGAAGCUCUGAGAGAUGCCUCUAAAAUGGGCAUGAUUAUCGUUAACUGUACGCAGUGUACUACAGGAUCUGUGUGUGAUUUGUAUGAAACUGGACGUUUACUGCAAGACUGUGGAGUAAUUUCUGGGUACGAUAUGACACCCGAGGCAGCUCUUACCAAGUUAGCAUACUGCCUGGGGAAGGAGGAAUGGUCCCUGGAGGAGAAGAAAAAAAUGAUGCAACGAAAUCUUCGUGGAGAACUGACUGCUGGAAAGUCUCCUGAAAUGCAGGAAUUUGAUUUAAUCGACGCUGUGGCGAGAUCUCUGCAUCUAUCUACGCCCCAUGAGCUCUCCCAGCUUGGAGCUACACUCUUUCCCGCCAUGGUUAAUACAGCCGUUAAGGCUGGAGAUCUAGCCAAAGUGGAGCUGAUGAAGUCCUACGGUGCUGAUCUUUCGACCAUCAACUAUGACUACAGAACAGCCCUGCAUGUGGCUGCAGCGGAAGGACGGGAGGAUGUUGUGAAGCAUUUGCUACUGCAUGGUGUGACUAUUCAUGUGCGUGAUCGUCACGAUCGUACACCUCUGAUGGAAGCAAUCGCCAAUGACCAUCACGAAAUUAUUCGUUUACUCAUCAAGUGCGGAGCACAUCUCACAGGAUCAGCACGGGCUAUUGGGGAAUUUCUAUGCGCAUCAGCAGCAAGGGGACUUCAGAAGCGUCUGGAGUCGUAUCGCCUAGCAGGAGCUGAUCUCUCCCAACCAGAUCCCUCAGGUCGUACAGCUCUUCACCUAGCUGCUCUUCAUGGCUUCAAAGAGAUCGUCGAGUAUCUCCUGCAGAAUUCCGUGGACAAAGAUGAGGUAGACCUCCUUGGACUCACAGCUUAUGAUUAUGCCAAACAAGUGGGUCAUGAAGAUAUUUGUAAGAUCCUCAAUGGCAAGCAUGUAAAUGGAACAAGUCACUAAAUGACAAAACUUUUUAUAAUGUAUCUCCUCAUUUAAUUUUUUGUAUUUUGAUUUACAUUUUUUUCUUUAAAUUCUACGCCGUUAAAACAUUUCUAAAAGUUUUCCUAACAACUUCUACAUGUUAUACAUUUUUUUUUUUAAUUUCCUAUACUGUACUGAUAUUCAUCAACUUGCAAUGAAAAUUAGAGAUUAAUGACUGAUCUUAUGUGAUCUGUGAAUCAUUGUUUUAUUUUUAUCUAUUAUUAUGAUAUUUUUUUUAUAUAAUACUUUUCUUGUUAUAAAUGUAAAUCUAUUGUAAAUGUUGUAUAUUAUGUAUAGUUUUAUAGAGAUAAUUAAAAAAAGAUUUACAGA